AUGGCGGACGAGGAGGAAUACGAGGAAGUGAUAGAGUACUACACGGAGGAGACAGUUUACGAGGAGGUGCCGGGUGAGACAAUCACAGAAGUCUAUGAAACUACGACAACCAGGACAUCUGACUAUGGUCAGUCGGAGCCUUCCACCCCAGCGCUGGUGCAGCCGCAACCAGCAAAACCGAUGGAGCGGAAGAAGGUCAUCCGAAAGAAGGUGGACUCUUCCAAGUUCAUGACCCCCUACAUUGAACACAGUCAGAAAAUGCAGGAUCUUUUCAGCUCCAAUAAAUACAAAGAGAACUAUGAGAAAGCAAAGGGACAGCCAUAUGCUAUCACAAGCGAUACUCCAGAACUUCGCAGAAUCAAGAAAGUACAGGAUCAACUCAGUGAGGUUAAGUAUCGAAUGGAUGGAGAUGUUGCAAAAACUAUCUGUCACGUGGAUGAAAAAGCAAAAGACAUUGAACAUGCAAAGAAAGUGUCGCAGCAAGUCAGCAAGGUUUUAUACAAGCAGAACUGGGAAGACACCAAGGAUAAGUACCUGCUUCCCCCUGAUGCCCCUGAACUUGUCCAAGCCAUUAAGAACACAGCCAUGUUCAGUAAGAAACUGUACACUGAAGACUGGGAAGCAGACAAAGGGUUGUUUUAUCCCUAUAAUGACAGUCCGGAACUGAGGCGGGUCGCCCAGGCCCAGAAGGCGCUCAGUGACAUUGCCUACAAAAAAGGACUCACUGAACAGCAAACUCAGUUCACGUCCCUUCCUGAUCCUCCUGAUGUAGAAUUUGCCAAGAAAGUAACCAACCAAGUAAGCAAGCAAAAAUAUAAAGAAGACUAUGAAAAGAAAGUCAAAGGCAAAUGGAGUGAGACGCCCUGCUUUGAAAUUGCAACAGCCAGAAUGAACGCCGACAAUCUCAGCACAAGGAAGUAUCAGGAAGACUUCGAGAACUUGAAAGACCAGAUCUACUUCAUGCAGACGGAAACGCCUGAGUACAAAAUGAACAAGCAGGCUGGAAUUGCAGCCAGCAAGGUGAAAUACAAAGAAGACUAUGAGAAGAAUAAAGGAAAAGCAGAUUAUAAUGUACUUCCUGCAUCAGAGAACCCACUGCUCAGGCAGCUGAAGGCAGCAGGAAACGUCCUCAGUGACAAACUAUACAAGGAAAACUAUGAAAAGACAAAGGCCAAGAGCAUCAAUUACUGCGAGACCCCCAAGUUUCAGCUUGACACAGUACUGCAGAACUUCAGUAGUGAUACUAAGUACAGAGAUUCCUACCUAAAGAAUAUUUUGGGACACUAUGUAGGCAGCUUCGAGGACCCAUAUCACACACACUGUAUGAAAGUGUCAGCCCAAAAUAGUGACAAAAAUUACAGAGCGGAAUAUGAAGAGGACAGAGGCAAAGGCUUCUUCCCCCAGACCAUCACCCAGGAAUAUGAGGCAAUCAAGAAAUUGGACCAGUGUAAAGAUCACACCUACAAAGCCCACCCAGAUAAGACCAAGUUCACUCAAGUUACGGACUCUCCUGUUCUGUUGCAAGCCCAGGUCAAUUCCAAACAGCUGAGUGACGUAAGUCCUGCUAAGUACCCAUCUGAAAAAUUCAAGUGUCAUAUACCUCCGGAUGCCCCUGCCUUUAUCCAGCACAGAGUCAAUGCCUAUAACCUGAGCGACAAUGUCUACAAGCAAGACUGGGAGAAGAGCAAAGCUAAGAAGUUUGACAUCAAGGUGGAUGCCAUCCCCCUGCUGGCAGCCAAGGCCAACAGCAAGAAUGCCAGCGAUGUGAUGUACAAGAAGGACUAUGAGAAGAGCAAAGGCAAGAUGAUCGGCGCCCUCAGCAUCAACGAUGACCCCAAGAUGCUGCACUCCCUGAAGACGGCCAAAAACCAGAGCGACAGGCUAUACAGGGAAAACUAUGAGAAGACCAAGGCCAAGAGUAUGAAUUAUUGUGAGACCCCUAAGUAUCAACUCGACACCCUUCUGAAGAACUUCAGUGAGGCAAAAUAUAAAGAUUCAUACGUAAAGAAUAUUUUGGGCCACUAUGUAGGCAGCUUUGAGGACCCGUACCAGACGCACUGCAUGAAAGUUACAGCUCAAAACAGUGACAAGAGCUACAAAGCAGAGUAUGAAGAAGACAAAGGGAAAUGCUAUUUCCCUCAGACGAUAACUCAGGAAUACGAAGCUAUCAAGAAGCUGGACCAGUGUAAAGAACACACCUACAAAGUGCAUCCUGAUAAGACUAAAUUCACAGCAGUCACCGACACGCCUGUGCUGCUGCAGGCCCAGCUCAACACCAAACAGCUCAGUGAUCUGAAUUACAAAGCAAAGCAUGAAGGUGAGAAAUUCAAGUGCCACGUGCCGGCAGACGCACCGGAGUUCAUCCAGCACAGAGUCAACGCUUACAACCUGAGCGACAAUGUCUACAAGCAAGACUGGGAGAAGAGCAAAGCUAAGAAGUUUGACAUCAAGGUGGAUGCCAUCCCCCUGCUGGCAGCCAAGGCCAACAGCAAGAAUGCCAGCGAAGUGAUGUACAAGAAGGACUAUGAGAAGAGCAAAGGCAAGAUGAUCGGCGCCCUCAGCAUCAACGAUGACCCCAAGAUGCUGCACUCCCUGAAGACGGCCAAAAACCAGAGCGACCGUGAAUACCGUAAAGACUACGAGAAGUCGAAAACGAUCUACACCGCCCCUCUUGAUAUGCUCCAAGUCACCCAAGCUAAGAAAUCUCAGGAGAUCGCCAGCGACGUGGACUACAAGCACGUCUUACACAACUACAGCUACCCACCAGACAGCGUCAGCGUGGACCUCGCCAAGAAGGCGUACGCGCUGCAGAGUGAUGUGGAGUACAAAGCGGACUACAACAGCUGGAUGAAGGGCUGUGGCUGGGUGCCUUUCGGGUCCCUGGAGAUGGAAAAGGCAAAGCGAGCCUCGGACAUUCUGAAUGAGAAAAAAUACCGCCAGCAUCCAGAUACGCUCAAAUUCACAUCAAUUGAAGAUGCUCCUAUUACAGUGCAGUCUAAAAUUAACCAGGCCCAGAGGAGCGACAUCGCUUACAAAGCCAAAGGGGAGGAGAUACUGCAUAAGUACAACCUGCCCGCGGACCUGCCGCAGUUCAUCCAGGCUAAAGUGAACGCCUACAACGUCAGUGAGAGCAUGUACAAAGCUGACCUGAAAGACUUAAGCAAGAAAGGAUAUGACCUGAGAAUCGAUGCGAUUCCCAUCAAAGCUGCCAAAGCUGCCCGGCAGGCUGCAAGCGACGUCCAUUACAAAAAAGAUUACGAGAAGGCUAAAGGGAAAAUGGUUGGAUUCCAAAGUCUCCAAGAUGAUCCCAAACUGGUCCAUUACAUGAACGUGGCCAAGAUACAGUCAGACCGGGAGUAUAAAAAAGACUACGAAAAGACAAAGACCAAGUACAACACCCCUCAAGAUAUGUUCGAUGUUGUGGCAGCUAAGAAGGCACAGGAUGUAAUCAGCAAUACGAACUACAAGCAUUCUCUCCAACACUACACCUACCUGCCGGAUGCCAUGGACCUGGAGCUGUCCAAGAACAUGAUGCAUAUCCAGAGUGACAAUGCCUACAAGGAAGACUAUAACACCUGGAUGAAGGGCAUUGGCUGGAUACCGAUUGGGAGUCUCGACCAGGAAAAGGUGAAAAAGGCAGGUGAUGCCCUGAGUGAGAAGAAAUACAGGCAGCAUCCGGACACGCUCAAGUUCACCAGCAUCGUGGACUCCCCAGUGAUGGUGCAAGCCAAGCAGAACACGCAGCAAGUCAGUGAUAUCUUAUACAAAGCGAAAGGAGAGGAAGUGAAGCAUAAGUACACUCUGAAUCCCGACCUCCCACAGUUACUCCAGGCCAAGUGCAAUGCUUACAACAUAAGUGACGUCUGUUACAAACGGGACUGGCAUGAUUUAAUAGCCAAAGGCAACAACGUCCUGGCUGAUGCCAUUCCCAUCACAGCGGCCAAGUCCUCCAGAAACAUCGCCAGUGACUAUAAAUACAAGGAAGCUUACGAGAAGUCAAAGGGCAAGCACGUUGGUUUCAGAAGCCUGCAGGAUGACCCCAAGUUGGUCCAUUAUAUGAAAGUGGCAAAGUUGCAGUCAGACCGAGAAUACAAGAAAAACUACGAGAACACCAAAACCAGUUACCAUACCCCUGGGGAUAUGGUCAGCAUCACCGCCGCAAAGAUGGCCCAGGAUGUGGCCACCAAUGUCAACUACAAACAACCUCUGCACCACUACACAUACCUGCCCGAUGCCCUGAGUCUCGAGCACACGAGGAACGCUAACCAAAUCCAGAGUGACAAUGUGUACAAAGAUGAGUAUAACAACUUCUUCAAGGGCAUUGGGUGGAUCCCCAUCGGCUCCCUGGAGGUGGAGAAGGCCAAGAAGGCAGGCGAGGCCCUAAAUGAGAGGAAGUACCGACAACACCCGGACACCAUCAAGUUCACUAGCGUGCCUGACUCCAUGGGCAUGGUGCUGGCUCAGCAGAACACCAAGCAGCUAAGUGAUCUGAACUACAAGGUGGAGGGUGAGAAACUGAAGCAUAAGUACACGAUGGACCCUGAGUUGCCUCAGUUUAUCCAAGCCAAGGUCAAUGCCAUCAAUAUGAGUGACGCUCACUACAAAGCAGACUGGAAGAAAACCCUUGCCAAGGGUUACGACUUGAGACCGGAUGCCAUUCCCAUUGUUGCAGCCAAAAGUUCAAGGAACAUUGCUAGUGACUGCAAAUACAAGGAGGCCUAUGAGAAAUCCAGAGGCAAGCAAAUAGGCUUUCUCAGUCUUCAGGAUGACCCUAAACUGGUUCACUACAUGAAUGUGGCCAAAAUACAAUCAGAUCGCGAGUAUAAGAAGGGCUACGAGGCCAGCAAGACCCGGUACCACACACCUCUGGAUAUGUUCAGUGUGACCGCAGCCAAGAAGUCUCAGGAAGUUGCGACCAACGCCAACUACAGACAGCCCUACCACAACUACACCCUCCUGCCCGACGCCUUGAAUGUGGAGCACUCCAGGAACGCCAUGCAAAUUCAGAGUGACAAUCUGUACAAAUCUGACUUCACCAACUGGAUGAAAGGUAUCGGCUGGGUCCCGAUAGACUCCUUGGAGGUGGAGAAGGCAAAGAAGGCUGGAGAGAUUCUGAGCGAGAGGAAGUAUCGCCAGCACCCCGAGAAGCUGAAGUUCACAUACGCCAUGGACACCAUGGAGCAGGCACUUAACAAAAGCAACAAGUUGACUAUGGAUAAGAGGCUGUACACGGAAAAGUGGAACAAAGACAAGACCACCAUUCACGUCAUGCCUGAUACUCCAGACAUCUUGCUCUCCAGAGUGAACCAGAUCACCAUGAGUGAUAAAAUCUACAAAGCUGGCUGGGAAGAAGAGAAGAAGAAAGGCUACGACCUGAAGCCUGACGCCAUCUCAAUAAAGGCUGCAAAGGCCUCUAGAGACAUUGCCAGUGAUUACAAGUACAAGCAGGCUUACGAGCAAGCCAAAGGGAAGCACAUUGGCUUCCGCAGCCUGGAAGAAGACCCCAAGUUGGUGCACUUCAUGCAAGUGGCCAAGAUGCAGUCAGACCGGGAGUACAAGAAGGGCUACGAGAAAUCCAAGACGUCCUUCCACACCCCAGUGGACAUGUUCAGCGUGGUGGCAGCCAAGAAGUCCCAGGAAGUGGCCACCAACGCCAACUACAGGAAUAUAAUCCACACCUACAACAUGCUUCCGGAUGCCAUGGGCUUUGAGUUGGCCAAGAAUAUGAUGCAGAUUCAAAGUGAUAAUCAGUACAAGGCAGACUAUGCUGACUUCAUGAAGGGCAUUGGAUGGCUCCCGUUGGGCUCCCUGGAAGCGGAGAAAAACAAGAAAGCCAUGGAGAUUAUCAGCGAAAAGAAGUACCGGCAACACCCAGACACUCUGAAGUACUCCACAUUGAUGGACUCGAUGAACAUGGUUUUGGCUCAGAACAACGCAAAAAUCAUGAAUGACCAUCUCUAUAGACAAGCAUGGGAAGCUGACAAGACCAAAGUCCACAUCAUGCCUGAUAUCCCCGAGAUUGUUUUGGCAAAAGCAAAUGCAAUUAACAUGAGCAAUAAACUCUACAAACUGUCUCUGGAAGAAUCUAAAAAGAAAGGCUAUGACCUCAGAACGGACGCGAUUCCUAUCAAAGCCGCCAAAGCAUCAAGAGAUAUUGCAAGCGACUAUAAAUACAAGCACAACUAUGAAAAGGAGAAAGGAAAGAUGGUUGGCUUCCGCAGUCUGGAGGAUGAUCCCAAAUUAGUCCAUUCCAUGCAAGUGGCUAAGAUGCAGUCCGAUCGAGAGUACAAGAAGAACUACGAGAAGACAAAGACCAGCUACCACACCCCUGCCGACAUGCUGAGUGUCACAGCUGCCAAGGACGCCCAAGCCAACAUCACCAACACUAACUACAAGCACCUCAUUCACAAGUACAUCCUCCUCCCAGAUGCGAUGAACAUCGAGCUGACCAGGAAUAUGAAUCACAUCCAGAGUGACAAUGAAUAUAAGCAAGACUACAAUGAGUGGUACAAGGGGCUUGGCUGGAGCCCAGCUGGUUCUCUAGAGGUGGAGAAGGCCAAGAAAGCCACGGAAUACGCCAGUGACCGGAAGUACCGCCAGCAUCCCAGCGGCUUCCAGUUUAAGAAGCUGACUGAUUCCAUGGACAUGGUGCUGGCCAAGCAGAAUGCUCAUACCAUGAAUAAGCAUUUAUACACCGUUGACUGGAAUAAAGAUAAAACCAAGAUUCAUGUGAUGCCAGAUACACCAGAUAUUUUGCAAGCCAAGCAGAAUCAGACACUGUACAGCCAGAAAUUCUAUAGACUUGGUUGGGAAGAGGCUCUGAAGAAAGGCUAUGAUCUCCCUGUCGAUGCAAUCUCUGUCCAGCUGGCCAAGGCAUCAAGGGACAUCGCUAGUGACUUUAAAUAUAAACAAGGCUACCGGAAACAACUGGGACACCAUAUUGGAUUCCUGAGUGUGCAAGAUGACCCAAAACUCGUGCUAUCUAUGAAUGUAGCCAAAAUGCAGAGUGAACGAGAAUACAAGAAAGACUUUGAGAAGUGGAAAACCAAAUACACCAGCCCCGUGGACAUGCUGGGUGUGGUGCUGGCCAAGAAGUGCCAGGCCUUGGUGAGCGACGUGGACUACAAGAACUACCUACAUCAGUGGACGUGUCUGCCUGACCAGAAUGACGUCAUCCAAGCUAAAAAAGUCUAUGAGCUGCAAAGUGAGAAUAUGUACAAGUCUGACCUUGAGUGGCUGAGAGGCAUAGGGUGGAGCCCCUUGGGUUCUUUGGAAGCAGAAAAGAACAAGCGGGCUUCGGAAAUCAUCAGUGAGAAGAAGUAUCGCCAACCUCCGGACAGAAACAAGUUCACUAGCAUCCCUGACGCCAUGGACAUAGUUCUGGCGAAGACAAACGCCAAGAACAGGAGCGAUAGACUUUAUAGAGAAGCCUGGGACAAGGACAAGACACAGAUCCACAUCAUGCCGGACACUCCCGACAUCGUUCUGGCUAAGGCGAACUUGAUCAACACAAGCGAUAAAAUCUACAGAAUGGGUUAUGAGGAACUGAAGAGAAAAGGUUACGACCUUCCUGUCGAUGCCAUUCCAAUCAAAGCGGCAAAAGCAUCCCGGGAAAUUGCCAGUGAAUACAAGUACAAAGAAGGCUUCCGGAAACAACUUGGCCACCACAUUGGGGCUCGGAACAUCAAGGAUGACCCCAAGAUGAUGUGGUCCAUGCACGUGGCCAAGAUCCAGAGUGACCGGGAGUACAAGAAGGACUUUGAGAAGUGGAAGACCAAGUUCAGCAGCCCGGUGGACAUGCUGGGCGUGGUGCUGGCCAAAAAGUGCCAGACCCUGGUCAGAGAAGAAGACUACAAGAACUACCUGCACCAGUGGACGUGUCUGCCUGACCAGAAUGACGUCAUCCAUGCUCGGCAGGCCUAUGACCUCCAGAGCGAUAAUUUGUACAAGGCCGAUCUUCAGUGGCUGAAAGGCAUUGGCUGGAUACCUUCUGGUUCCCUCGAGGAUGAGAAAAACAAACGAGCCACCCAGAUUCUGAGUGACCAUGUUUACCGACAGCACCCAGAUAAAUUCAAGUUUUCCAGCCUUAUGGACUCCAUGCCAAUGGUCCUGGCAAAAAAUAAUGCUAUAACCAUGAACCACCACCUCUAUACCGAAGCUUGGAACAAGGAUAAAACCACCAUCCACAUUAUGCCGGAUACCCCUGAAGUUAUGCUGGCUAAGCAAAACAAAGUAAAUUAUAGCGAGAAAUUAUAUAAACUUGGUCUGGAAGAAGCCAAGAGGAAAGGCUAUGACAUGCGGCUUGAUGCCAUCCCUAUCAAGACAGCCAAGGCCUCCAGAGACAUCGCGAGUGACUUCAAGUACAAGGAAGGCUACCGCAAGCAGCUGGGCCACCACAUUGGGGCACGGAACAUCGAAGAUGACCCCAAGAUGGUGUGGUCCAUGCACGUGGCCAAGAUCCAGAGUGACCGGGAGUACAAAAAGGACUUUGAGAAGUGGAAGACCAAGUACAGCAGCCCAGUGGACAUGCUGGGAGUGGUGCUGGCCAAGAAGUGCCAGACCCUGGUCAGAGACGUGGACUACAAGAACUACCUGCACCAGUGGACGUGUCUGCCUGACCAGAAUGACGUCAUCCAUGCUCGGCAGGCCUAUGACCUCCAGAGCGAUAAUAUGUACAAGUCUGAUCUCCAAUGGAUGCGAGGCAUUGGCUGGGUGCCCAUAGGCUCUCUGGAUGUAGAGAAAUGCAAACGGGCCACGGAAAUCUUGAGUGACAAAAUCUACCGGCAGCCCCCAGACAAGUUCAAGUUCACCAGUGUGACGGAUUCUCUGGAGCAGGUGUUGGCCAAGAGCAACGCCCUCAACAUGAACAAGCGUUUAUACACGGAAGCCUGGAACAAAGACAAGACGCAGAUCCACAUCAUGCCGGACACGCCAGAAAUCAUGCUGGCAAGAAUGAAUAAAGUCAACUACAGCGAGAGUCUGUAUAAACUUGCCAAAGAAGAAGCAAAGAAGAAAGGCUAUGACUUACGAAGUGACGCCAUCCCGAUUGUGGCAGCCAAGGCCUCCAGAGACAUCGCCAGUGAUUACAAAUACAAAGAUGGCUACCGCAAGCAGCUGGGCCACCACAUUGGGGCUCGAAACAUCGAAGAUGACCCCAAGAUGAUGUGGUCCAUGCAUGUGGCCAAGAUCCAGAGUGACCGGGAGUACAAGAAGGACUUUGAGAAGUGGAAGACCAAGUACAGCAGCCCAGUGGACAUGCUGGGAGUGGUGCUGGCCAAGAAGUGCCAGACCCUGGUCAGCGACGUGGACUACAAGAACUACCUGCACCAGUGGACGUGUCUGCCUGACCAGAAUGACGUCAUCCAUGCUCGGCAGGCCUAUGACCUCCAGAGCGAUAAUGUGUACAAGUCAGAUCUCCAGUGGCUGAGAGGCAUUGGUUGGGUCCCCAUCGGGUCUCUGGAUGUGGUCAAGUGCAAGAGGGCCGCGGAGAUCCUGAGUGACAACAUCUACCGCCAGCCUCCAGACAAGUUCAAGUUCACCAGUGUGACAGAUUCUCUGGAGCAGGUGCUGGCCAAGAACAAAUUGUUUUCUCCUUCACAGCGCUUGUACACAGAAGCCUGGGAGAAAGACAAGACCCAAAUCCACAUUAUGCCUGACACACCCGAAAUUAUGUUGGCCAGACAAAACAAAAUAAACUACAGUGAGAGCCUCUAUCGCCAGGCCAUGGAAGAAGCUAAGAAGGAAGGCUAUGACUUGAGAAGCGAUGCCAUUCCCAUCGUGGCCGCCAAGGCUUCCCGGGACAUCGCUAGUGAUUACAAAUAUAAAGAAGCCUACCGGAAGCAGUUGGGUCACCACAUUGGCGCCCGAGCCAUACACGAUGAUCCCAAGAUGAUGUGGUCCCUCCACAUUGCCAAAGUGCAGAGUGACCGUGAAUAUAAAAAAGAGUUUGAGAAAUACAAGACAAGAUACAGCAGCCCAGUGGACAUGCUCGGGAUUGUAUUAGCCAAGAAAUGUCAGACUUUGGUCAGUGACGUGGACUACAAACACCUCCUGCACGAAUGGACUUGCCUGCCUGACCAGAAUGAUGUCAUACAGGCACGGAAAGCAUAUGACCUCCAGAGUGAUAAUCUGUACAAGGCCGACCUUGAGUGGAUGAAAGGCAUUGGCUGGGUUCCCAUAGGUUCCCUGGAAGUCGUUAAAGCCAAGAGGGCCACAGAGAUACUAAGCGAUAAUAUCUACCGCCAGCGUCCAGACACAUUGAAAUUUACCAGCAUCACUGACUCGCUGGAGCAGGUGCUGGCGAAGAACAACGCAAUAAACAUGAACAAGCGCUUGUACACGGAAGCCUGGGACAACGACAAGAAAACCAUCCACGUCAUGCCCGACACGCCAGAGAUCAUGCUAGCCAAACUCAACAGGAUAAACUACAGCGACAAACUCUACAAAGUGUCGCUGGAAGAGGCCAAGAAGCAAGGCUACGACUUGCGCGUGGACGCCAUUCCUAUCCGAGCAGCCAAGGCAUCGAGAGAGAUUGCUAGUGAUUACAAGUAUAAGGAAGGCUACCGCAAGCAGCUGGGCCACCACAUUGGGGCCCGGAACAUCGAAGAUGACCCCAAGAUGAUGUGGUCCAUGCAUGUGGCCAAGAUCCAGAGUGACCGGGAGUACAAGAAGGACUUUGAGAAGUGGAAGACCAAGUACAGCAGCCCGGUGGACAUGCUGGGCGUGGUGCUGGCCAAGAAGUGCCAGAUCCUGGUCAGCGACAUAGACUACAAGCAUCCUCUGCAUGAAUGGACCUGCCUGCCCGAUCAGAAUGACGUCAUUCAGGCGCGGAAGGCCUAUGACCUGCAAAGCAAUGCUGUCUACAAAGCUGAUCUUGAGUGGCUGAGAGGCAUCGGAUGGGUUCCCAUUGGCUCAGUCGAGGUCGAGAAGGUGAAGAGAGCCGGCGAAAUCUUGAGUGACAGGAAGUAUCGCCAGCCUGCCGACCAGCUCAAGUUCACUUGUAUCACCGACACCCCGGAAAUCGUCCUGGCGAAAAAUAAUGCCAUCACCAUGAGCAAGCAUUUAUACACGGAAGCUUGGGAUGCCGACAAAGCCUCCAUCCAUGUCAUGCCAGACACCCCUGAAAUCCUGCUGGCCAAGAGCAAUUCUGCCAAUAUCAGCCAGAAACUGUACACCAAAGGCUGGGAUGAAUCGAAGAUGAAGGACUAUGACCUGAGAGAGGAUGCUAUUUCCAUCAAGAGUGCCAAGGCCUCCAGGGAUAUUGCCAGCGACUACAAAUACAAGGAAGCCUAUGAAAAACAGAAAGGCCACCACAUCGGAGCCCAGAGCGUGGAAGACGAUCCCAGGAUCAUGUGUGCCAUGCACGCAGGGAAGAUUCACAGUGACCGGGAGUACAAGAAGGAAUUCCAGAAGUGGAAGACCAAGUUCAGCAGCCCGGUGGACAUGCUGGGCUUGGUGCUGGCCAAGAAAUGCCAGACCCUGGUCAGCGACGUGGACUACAAGAACUACCUGCACAACUGGACUUGCCUGCCUGAUCAGAAAGACAUUAUUCAAGCCAAGAAGGCCUAUGAGCUGCAGAGCGAUGCCAUCUACAAGGCUGACUUGGAAUGGCUGCGCGGCAUUGGCUGGAUGCCAGAAGGGUCUCCUGAAGUACUGAGAGUCAAAAAUGCCCAGGAGAUCCUGUGUGACAGCGUCUACCGGACCCCUGUGGUGAAGCUCAAGUAUACAAGCAUUGUGGAUACACCGGAAGUCGUCCUUGCUAAGUCAAACGCCGAGAAUAUCAGUAUUCCAAAAUACAGAGAAGUUUGGGACAAAGAUAAAACUUCCAUCCAUAUAAUGCCAGAUACACCUGAAAUUAACCUCGCUCGAGCGAACGCUCUUAAUGUGAGCAAUAAACUCUACCGUGAGGGGUGGGAUGAGGUCAAGAUGAGCUGUGAUGUCCGGCUGGAUGCCAUCCCUAUCCAGUCUGCCAAGGCCUCCAGGGAGAUUGCCAGUGAUUAUAAAUACAAGCUGGACCACGAGAAGCAGAAGGGACACUACGUGGGCACCCUCACUGCCAGGGAUGACAACAAGAUCCGGUGGGCCCUCAUAGCUGGCAAGAUUCAGAAUGAGCGGGAGUACAGGCUGCAGUGGGCCAAGUGGAAGACCAAGUUCCAGAGCCCCGUGGACAUGCUUUCUAUCCUGCACUCUAAAAAAUGCCAGACCCUGGUCAGCGACAUUGAUUACCGCAAUUACCUGCACGAGUGGACAUGCAUGCCUGACCAGAACGAUGUGAUUCAGGCCAAGAAAGCCUACGAGCUGCAGAGCGACGCUGUUUACAAGGCUGACUUGGAGUGGUUACGUGGAAUUGGGUGGAUGCCGAACGAUUCUGUUUCUGUCAACCACGCCAAACAUGCUGCAGACAUUUUCAGUGAGAAAAAAUACCGCACCAAAAUAGAAAGUCUCAACUUUACUCCUGUGGAUGACAGAGUGGAUUAUGUGACAGCAAAACAGAGCACUGAGAUCCGAGACGACAUUAAAUACCGGAAAGAUUGGAAUGCCAUCAAAUCAAAGUAUACCCUUACAGAAACGCCGCUGCUGCACACUGCCCAAGAGGCUGCCCGCAUCCUGGACCAGCAACUCUACAAGGAAGGCUGGGAGAAACAGAAAGCUACCGGUUACAUCCUGCCGCCAGAUGCUGUACCGUUUGUCCAUGCGCAUCAUUCCGGCGAUGUUCAGAGUGAGCUGAAAUACAAAGCAGAACACGUGAAGCAGAAAGGCCACUAUGUUGGUGUUCCCACAAUGAGAGACGAUCCCAAGCUGGUUUGGUUUGAGCACGCGGGCCAGAUUCAGAAUGACAGGCUCUACAAGGAGGACUACCAUAAGACGAAGGCCAAAAUCAAUAUACCUGCCGACAUGGUGUCAGUGGUGGCUGCCAAGGAGGGGCAGAACCUUGUCAGUGACAUUGAUUACCGCCAUUACCUGCGCCAAUGGACGUGCCAUCCUGACCAAAAUGACGUUAUUCAAGCAAAAAUCGCCUACGACCUUCAGAGUGACAAUGUCUACAAAGCUGACCUGGAAUGGCUCCGAGGUAUUGGCUGGAUCCCUCUGGAUUCUGUGGACCAUGUGAGGGUUACAAGGAACCAGGAAAUGGUGAAUCAGAUAAAAUAUAAGAAAGAUGCUCUUGACAACUAUCCCAACUUUACCAGUGUAGUGGACCCUCCAGAGAUUGUUUUAGCCAAGAUUAACUCAGUCAAUCAAAGUGAUGUGAAAUAUAAGGAAACAUUUAAUAAGGCAAAGGGCAAGUACAUAUUUUCUCCAGACACACCACACAUCACCCACUCCAAAGACAUGGGGAAACUCUACAGCACUAUACUAUACAAAGGAGCAUGGGAGGGAACCAAGGCCUAUGGCUACACCCUGGAUGAGAAGUACAUUCCCAUCGUUGGAGCCAAGCAUGCCGACCUGGUGAACAGUGAGCUGAAAUACAAAGAAACCUAUGAGAAGCAGAAGGGUCACUACCUGGCUGGGAAAGAAAUAAGCGAAUUCCCCGGAGUGGUCCACUGCCUGGAUUUCCAGCAGAUGCGGAGUGCGUUGAACUACAGGAGAGAUUAUGAGGACACAAAAGCAAACGUGCAUAUCCCCAAUGACAUGAUGAACCACGUGCUGGCAAAAAGGUGCCAGUACAUCCUCAGCGACCUGGAGUACCGCCACUACUUCCACCAGUGGACGUCACUUCCGGAGGAGCCCAACGUUGUCCGCGCCCGAAACGCCCAGGAGAUUUUGAGUGAUAAUGUAUACAAAGAUGACUUGAACUGGCUGAAAGGCAUCGGCUGCUAUGUUUGGGACACACCCCAGAUCCUCCAUGCCAAGAAGGCAUAUGACCUCCAGAGUCAGCUACAAUACACAGCCGCGAGCAAAGACAAUCUGCAGAACUAUAACCUGGUCACAGACACGCCGGUUUACGUGACUGCUCUUCAGAGUGGCAUCAAUGCCAGCGAGGUGAAAUAUAAGGAAAAUUAUCAUCAGAUUAAGGACAAGUAUACCACGGUGCUAGAGACUGCCGAUUAAGACAGAACCAAGAACCUGAAAAGUCUUUACAGCAGUAACAUAUACAAGGAGGCCUGGGAUAAGGUGAAAGCCACCAGCUAUAAGCUGCCAACCAGCACCUUGUCCCUGACUCAUGCCAAGAACCAGAAGCACCUGGCCAGUCAUAUCAAAUACCGAGAAGAAUAUGAAAAGUUCAAAGCUCUUUACACAUUGCCGAAAAGCGUUGAAGAAGACCCAAACACUGCGCGGUGUCUCCGGGUGGGCAAGCUCAACAUCGAUCGCCUGUACAGAUCAGUGUAUGAACAGAACAAGAUGAAAAUCCACACCGUGCCCGACAUGGUGGAGAUGGUGACGGCCAAGGAUUCUCAGAAGAAAGUGAGCGAGGUGGACUACCGCCUGCGCCUCCAUGAAUGGAUCUGCCACCCAGACUUACAAGUCAACAGUCACGUCAGGAAAGUGACUGACCAGAUCAGCGACAUUGUGUACAAGGAUGACCUCACCUGGCUGAAGGGCAUUGGUUGCUACGUCUGGGACACUCCUGAAAUUCUCCAUGCAAAACACGCUUAUGAUCUACGCAACGAUAUCAAGUAUAAAGCUCACGUGCAGAAGACACGGAAUGACUACAAGCUGGUGACCGACACGCCGGUCUACGUUCAGGCUGUCAAGAGUGGGAAGCAGCUGAGCGAUGCUGUCUACCACUAUGACUAUGUGCACAGCAUCAGAGGCAAAGUGGCCCCAACCACCAAAACCGUGGAUCUGGACCGGGCCCUCCAUGCAUACAAGCUUCAGAGUGAGAAUUUGUACAAGAAAGGCCUGCGCUACCUGCCCACUGGAUACAGGCUCCCAGGUGAUACCCCUCACUUCAAUCACGCCAAGGACAUGCGCUACAUGAGUAGCUACUUCAAAUACAAAGAAGCCUAUGAACACCUCAAGGCAUAUGGGUACACACUUGGUCCCAAGGAUGUCCCGUUCGUCCAUGUCCGGAGAGUCAACAACGUUACUAGUGAGAGACUGUAUCGAGAAUUGUAUCAUAAACUAAAAGACAAGAUACACACAACUCCAGACACACCUGAGAUCCGCCAAGUCAAGAAGACACAGGAAGCUGUCAGUGAGUUGAUCUACAAAUCAGACUUCUUCAAGACGCGGGGCCACAUGAUCUCGCUGCCAUACACACCUCAAGUGUUGCACUGUCGCUACGUGGGAGACAUCACCAGUGACAUUAAAUACAAAGAGGACUUGCAGAUCUUGAAGGGACUCAGCUGUUUCCUGUAUGACACUCCUGACAUGGUCCGCUCCCGGCACCUAAGGAAACUCUGGUCAAAUUACCUGUACACUGACAAUGCCAGGAAGAUGCGAGACAAGUACCAAGUGGUGCUUGACACCCCAGAGUACAGAAAAGUGCAGGAACUGAAGACCCAUCUGAGUGAGCUGGUGUACAGAGCUACGGGCAAGAAGCUGAAGUCCGUCUUCACUUCAGUCCCCGAUACUCCUGACCUCCUAAGAGCCAAGCGGGGACAGAAGCUUCAGAGUCAGUAUCUCUAUGUUGAGUUGGCCACUAAAGAGAGACCCCAUCACCAUGCUGGAAACCAGACCACAGCCUUGCAACAUGCCAAAGACGUGAAGGACUUGGUCAGCGAGAACAAGUACAAGAUUCAAUAUGAAAAGAUGAAGGACAAGUAUACACCAGUUGCAGACACGCCAAUCCUCAUCAGAGCCAAGAGGGCCUACUGGAACGCCAGUGAUCUUCGCUACAAAGAGACAUUUCAAAAGACAAAAGGGAAGUAUCACACCGUGAAGGAUGCCCUGGACAUUGUGUACCAUCGCAAAGUCACAGAUGACAUCAGCAAAGUGAAAUACAAGGAGAACUACAUGAGCCAGCUGGGAAUCUGGAGUUCUAUCCCCGACCGCCCCGAACACUUCCACCACCGGGCAGUCACGGAUGCCGUCAGCGAUGUAAAAUAUAAAGAAGAUCUGACCUGGCUCAGAGGCAUUGGCUGUUAUGCCCAUGACACCCCUGAUCUGACUCUAGCUGAACAGAACAAGACUCUCUACAGCAAGUAUAAGUAUAAAGAAGUAUUUGAAAGGACAAAGUCAAAUUUCAAGUACGUUGCUGAUUGCCCAAUUAACAGGCAUUUCAAAUACGCAACUCAGUUGAUGAAUGAGAAAAAAUACAGAGCUGACUAUGAACAGCGGAAAGAUAAAUACCACCUGGUAGUCGAUGAGCCUAGACAUCUGCUGGCUAAGACCGUAGGCGACCAGAUCAGCCAGAUCAACUACAGGAGGAAGUAAGAGAAGACGAAGGACAAGUUCACCUCGGUUGUGGACACUCCAGAGCACCUGCGCACCACCAAAGUCAACAAGCAAAUCAGUGAAAUACUUUAUAAACUGGAGUACAACAAGGCCAGACCCAGAGGCUACACCACCAUCCACGACACACCCAUGCUGCUGCAUGUCCGCAAAGUGAAGGAUGAAGUCAGUGAUCUGAAAUACAAGGAAGUUUACCAAAGAAAUAAAUCUAACUGCACCAUCAAGCCAGAUGCUGUUCAUAUCAAAGCAGCCAAAGAUGCCUACAAAGUCAACACCAAUCUGGACUAUAAGAAGCAAUACGAAGCCAACAAAGCCUACUGGAAGUGGACGCCUGACCGGCCUGACUUCCUCCAGGCUGCCAAGUCAUCACUACAGCAGAGUGACUAUGAAUAUAAACUGGACCGGGAGUUUCUCAAGGGCUGCAAGCUGUCUGUCACUGAUGAUAAGGACAUGGUGCUGGCCCUCAGGAACUCCUUAAUAGAAAGUGAUCUGAAAUACAAAGAGAAACAUGUUAAGGAAAGAGGAACAUGUCAUGCUGUACCUGACACCCCACAGAUCCUCCUGGCAAAGACUGUCAGCAAUCUGGUGUCUGAGAACAAGUACAAGGACCAUGUCAGGAAGCACCUGGCCCAGGGUUCAUACACGACACUGCCAGAGACCAGGGACACAGUUCACGUGAAGGCCGUGACCAAGCACGUCAGUGAUACAAAUUACAAAAAGAAGUUUGUCAAAGAGAAAGGGAAGUCCAACUACUCCAUCAUGCAAGAGCCCCCAGAGGUGAAGCAUGCCAUGGAAGUGGCCAAGAAGCAGAGCGAUGUUGCUUAUAAAAAAGAUGCCAAAGAGAAUCUGCAUUACACCACAGUUGCUGAUCGGCCAGACAUCAAGAAGGCCACUCAGGCAGCCAAACAAGCCAGUGAGGUGGAGUACAGAGCCAAGCACCGCAAGGAAGGCAGCCAUGGGUUAAGUAUGCUUGGCCGCCCAGACAUUGAGAUGGCCAAGAAGGCAGCCAGGCUGAGCAGCCAGGUUAAAUACCGAGAAAAUUUUGACAAAGAGAAGGGCAAGACACCAAAAUACAACCCAAAAGACAGCCAGCUCUACAAAACUAUGAAAGAUGCCAACAACCUUGCAAGUGAGGUCAAAUACAAGGCUGACCUGAAGAAACUCCACAAGCCUGUGACUGACAUGAAGGAGUCCCUGAUAAUGAAUCACGUCCUGAACACAAGCCAGCUUGCCAGUUCUUACCAGUACAAGAAGAACUAUGAGAAGAGCAAAGGCCACUACCACACGAUACCCGACAACCUGGAACAGCUGCACCUCAAAGAAGCCACGGAGCUGCAGAGCAUUGUGAAAUACAAAGAAAAAUAUGAAAAAGAACGAGGAAAGCCCAUGCUCGACUUUGAGACUCCAACAUACAUUACUGCCAAAGAGUCUCAGCAGAUGCAGAGUGGGAAAGAAUAUAGGAAAGAAUAUGAAGAGUCCAUUAAAGGCAGAAACCUGACGGGCCUGGAGGUCACGCCAGCUUUGUUACAUGUCAGACAUGCAACCAAAAUAGCAAGCGAGAAAGAGUAUAGGAAAGAUCUGGAAGAAAGCAUUCGAGGGAAAGGUCUCACUGAAAUGGAAGAUACUCCUGACAUGCUGAGAGCGAAGAACGCCACUCAAAUCCUCAAUGAGAAAGAAUAUAAGCGAGACCUGGAGCAGGAAGUGAAAGGAAGAGGCUUGAAUGCCAUGGCCAAUGAGACUCCAGAUUUUCUGCGGGCCAAGAAUGCUACAGACAUCGCCAGCCAGAUUAAGUACAAGCAAUCAGCCGAAAUGGAAAAAGCCAAUUUCACUUCUGUCGUUGAUACCCCAGAGAUCAUUCACGCUCAGCAGGUCAAGAACCUUUCCAGCCAGAAAAAGUACAAGGAAGAUGCAGAGAAGUCCAUGUCGUAUUACGAGACUGUCCUGGACACUCCCGAAAUGCAAAGAGUCCGUGAGAACCAGAAGAACUUCAGCCUUCUGCAAUACCAGUGUGACCUUAAAAACAGUAAAGGGAAAGUUACGGUUGUUCAAGACACGCCAGAAAUACUGCGUGUCAAAGAAAACCAAAAGAAUUUCAGCUCGGUUCUUUAUAAAGAAGAUGUCUCCCCGGGAACAGCCAUUGGAAAGACCCCUGAGAUGCUAAGAGUGAAGCAAACGCAGGACCACAUUAGCUCGGUCAAGUAUAAAGAAGCAAUUGGACAAGGAACUCCGAUCCCUGACCUGCCCGAAGUGAAACGUGUCAAGGAGACGCAGAAGCACAUUAGCUCGGUUAUGUACAAAGAAAACUUGGGAACGGGCAUUCCAACCACUAUCACCCCAGAGAUUGAGAGAGUCAAGCGCAAUCAAGAGAACUUUAGCUCGGUUUUGUACAAAGAAAGCUUGGGGAAAGGAACCCCUACAGCUAUCACUCCUGAGAUGGAGAGAGUCAAACGCAAUCAAGAGAACUUUAGCUCGGUGCUAUACAAAGAAAACCUGGGGACAGGAACUCCAAUACCCAUCACUCCCGAGAUGGAGAGAGUCAAACACAAUCAAGAGAACCUUAGCUCGGUUUUGUACAAAGAAAAUGUGGGGAAAGCCACCCCAACCCCUGUAACUCCAGAGAUACAGAGAGUCAAACGCAAUCAAGAGAACAUUAGCUCGGUGCUAUACAAAGAGAACAUGGGGAAAGCAACCCCCACACCCUUUACCCCCGAGAUGGAGAGAGUCAGACGCAAUCAAGAAAACUUUAGCUCGGUAUUGUACAAAGAGAAUAUGAGAAAAGCAACUCCGACACCUGUCACUCCAGAGAUGGAGAGAGCUAAGCGCAACCAAGAGAACAUUAGCUCGGUCCUUUAUUCUGAUAGCUUCCGGAAACAAAUACAAGGCAAAGCUGCCUACGUGCUAGACACACCAGAGAUGAGACGAGUGAGGGAAACCCAACGGCACAUCUCAACAGUAAAAUAUCAUGAAGACUUUGAGAAACACAAAGGCUGUUUCACACCAGUGGUGACAGACCCCAUCACUGAACGAGUGAAGAAAAACACACAGGACUUCAGUGACAUUAACUACCGAGGUAUUCAAAGAAAAGUAGUAGAGAUGGAACAGAAACGGAAUGACCAGGAUCAAGAUACUGUCACAGGUCUGCGUGUCUGGCGUACUAACCCUGGCUCAGUCUUUGACUACGAUCCAGCAGAAGACAAAAUCCAAUCCCGGAGUUUACACAUGAUUAACGCCCAAGCUCGCCGGAGCCGGGAGCAGUCACGGUCCGCCAGUGCAAUGAGCAUCAGUGGGGGUGAGGAAAAGUCUGAGCACUCCGCGGACCAGCGCCUUUCCACCUACAGAGAUGGAGCUGCCUUCUUCUCGGCCACCUCAUCAUCAGCUUACAAACAUGUGAAAACCACUGAGCUCCCGCAGCAGCGGUCAUCUUCCGCGGCCACCCAGCAGACCACGCUGUCUUCUAUCCCUUCCCACCCAUCUACUGCCGGAAAAAUCUUCCGUGCCAUGUAUGACUAUAUGGCUGCCGAUGCAGAUGAAGUGUCCUUCAAAGAUGGAGAUGCUAUAGUGAAUGCUCAAGCGAUUGAUGAAGGCUGGAUGUAUGGCACUGUGCAGAGGACCGGCAGGACCGGCAUGCUCCCAGCCAACUACGUGGAAGCUAUCUAAGCACCUCAAGAUUUCCAUCAGUUUGCAGUGUCUGAAUCUGUCCUCUGCAGGCAGCAUUUCAGGAGACAUCGGUGUGUACCCGUGCUCUCAAAGUGCCUAAUAUUUUCACCUACAUCAAUAUCAUUUAAUGUAUUGCCAUCUCCUCUAUAGGAACCUGAGUGAUUCUUCAUGAAACCAAACAUUAAUUCAUCUGGUCAGUCCUUAAACUAGACUUACAGAUUCAUUCUUUUCUAGAUUUACACAGGAAACUAAACACAGCAAACACAUAAAAGCUCAUUUUGAAAAUUAUUACCAUCAAUUCCUUUCCGUUUUAAAGUAAGUUGAAAUUCACAAUAGAAUUUUUAAAAGCUUCUGUAGUGCUCUGUAACCAGACCAGUCUUUCCCAAUUAUAAAAAUGUUUUGUGACAUUUAUUCUGGACAUGCCAAACAAUAAAAGAAAAACACAAGAGUGAACCACCUUGUCUUGUUUUCUUGUGUUUCUACUCUUGUUUCUAUAAGUUAUAAAGACGACAGUCAACAAACUGGUGAGAAACUGAAAGCUAAUAAACUCCAUAGUUCUGCAACAAACUGUUCCUGGGCUAAACUCUAAUAAAAUCCCAGCUUAAAAGUUACCAAAUUUGGAACUGUGGAUUGGUGGUUAAGAAGCACUGGUUGAGCCGGGCAGAAGUGGCGCAUGCCUUUAGUCCCAGCACUCAGGAGGCAGAGGCAGGAGGAUUUCUUGAGUUCAAAGCCAGGGUUUCUCUGUGUAGUUCUAGCUAUCUUGGAAAAACAAAAUGGAAAACAGACACAGAAGCACUGGUGGCUCUUCCAGAGGACCUUUGUUUGAUUCCCAGCAUCCAAGUGGCAGCUCACAACCAUUUGUAACUGGAGUCCCAGGGAGUACACGCUCAUGGUGCAGACAUAUACACAUCAAAACAUCCAUGCCUAUAAACAAUAAAAGCCAAAGGCAAAAAAAGUUACCAAAGUUUUUUAAUGUACUGCUGAUAAAAUUUUAAUGUACUGAUAAUAAUGAAGUGUAAACAUUCUCAGAAUGGUCCAUUUUACAUAUGUAUUGGAUUUGGUUUAAUUCUUUCAGCUAACUCAUAUCUCUUAACCAGAGAAUGAAGAAAAUUCAUACCAACUUUUUGGGCCAGUAUUAAUCCAUACUUAUUUAACGAACUUCCCUUAAGAGCGUUAAAGAAAGAGCUAUGGGAUGCAGUGUUAAGUUGAGGGAUUUCUGCCACCUGUAUACAACGGGAUGACAAUAUGAACUAAACCUUGUGUGAAGGAACAAAGGGUGGAAAGACAACCAGUAACGAAAGUCUGUCUGACCAUUACUUACUGUCCUUCUGGAGGAGCCAAAGACUGUCCCUUAACGUGAUAGCUACGUUAGUACAGCUGACCAGAGCCAG